AUGAAUCUCCUCAGAGAUGGAGCCUUCAGAGCUUUGCUUUUCUGCCAGACAGUCGUCUUUCUUCUCCUAACAUCUGGAUGUGAAGGUAAGACCAUCAAGAACAACUUUCACUGAAUUCACUGAACUCCGUACACAUUUUAGAUGAUCAAGUACAAAUGAAACAAAUAAAACAACCUGAAGUUCACUGACAGUACCGGGACACCGCUCCAGGCUUUGUCAGAGAUCAAGUUUGAGUUUGUUAAACUUACUUUGUGAUGCUCCGCUCUGGCUGUUUCAACAGUCAGUCAGACUUUCUCCGACUUUAACUUUUCUUUAAAACUCCGAAACUUAGAUUGAAGUCUCUUCUUCCAUGUCCUGAAUCGUUUUGUUGAUUUCAAACCUAAAUAAUUACGGUGUUUGGUUCGACAAACACAAGAGUUGUCUGUAAUUCGUCUAACUGGCUCUCGGUUGUGAGUAUGUGACUGGGGGUGGUAGCGCCACCCUGUGGUCACACAUGGAAGUUAUUCCAAAAAAUCUGAUCUUCUCUGCUGAACUUCACAGAGCUGCCAGCAGAUGUCCUCCUAUCAUCCAAUAGGCUUCAGGCUGCACUUACAUGCCUCCUACCAACAGGGGGCGCCACAAUCAACCUCUUUAAUAGACUUGGGCUGUGUCUCAUUUCAGAGACCGCAUCGUGAUAAGCGCGCUUAACGGCGCUUAGCUGAGUGCACUGCCGCUUUGAGCCGUUUUACGCCGUUUUGCGCCGUUCUGUGCCCUUCCUGUGUCCCAUUUCAGAUACAGCAGCCAUCGAACGGCGCAUCUGACGCGUACGUGAGGUCACCACGCGGCACGAACGGUGUCCCGUUUGGCACAAAAUACUAAGCGCGCUUCAAAUUCGGUCUCAAAACCACACUACCCCCGCCUCGUUUUCAAGCGUGCAUGUAUGCACGCUUUCGUGCCGUCGGUAUCCCAGAAUUCUUUGCGUGCCGCUGCACAGCUGUGCAUUUCAGGUGAGAGGCUGGACUCGCUUGGAGACACAGCGUGUCUUCGAAGAAAAUACAAGCAAUCCAAAACCAUCAGACAGUCAGCUCAGGCUGUAUGAGAGCAUGAUCUCUGAACUCACUAAAAUCUGUAAACCAAACAUUAUAGAUUUAGAGACGAACUGAUCCGCUGUGUUACAACUAUCAAAAACAUUAGAAAUGAGAAAGCUGACAAAACUACAGCAGAGUAUCAGGACAACAUUGAGGUUUUUUUUUCUUUUAAGAUUUAGAUAUUAAAGUUGUAAAUUUAGGAGAAUAAAGUCAUAAAGUAAAUAAAGUCAUAAAGCUGCUUUUGUGGAGGGGGAAAUGACUGAAGCUGGUCAUCUGCAGGGUUAUCUGUGGAUGUAUCAGCGGGUCAUUAAGAGAGAUUUUGUGGUUUCUGAAGAAACAAUCAAACUGAUGAUGAUCAACAUUUGUGAUCCAGAGGGAGUCGAGCUCCGACGAGCACCACGUCUCUGACACCGGCGGUAACCUACACCUGCAGAGACACCAACACCUUAUUACGGCAUAUGGAUUCAUAUCAUAAAUUAAAGCUCAAUGUCAUUCACGGAUAUUAACGGCUGCAUUGACAGAUAUAUCCUCAGCAUAUUCAUUUCUGCCUCCACAAAAGCAGCGAUUUCCUUCAAGUACACCAAUAUUUUUCCCCCGUGGAAAAGACGUAUUUCUCAGAUAUUCUUUUUAAAGUCUUUAUACUUAUGACAAUGUUAUGCUGAUGUGCCAGAGGAUGAAGAAUCUCCUUGUUUGUGAAACCUAUACUGAAGCACAGUUCCUUCAAAUGCUUCAUGGCCCUAAUUUUAACAAGUCUCUCUGAAAUAACAGGUUAUGACUUCAUUCUCAUAAAUUAAUGACUUUAUUCUCGUAAAUUCACGACUUAAAUCUCAAAGUCCUUAAAGUCUUAAAUCUCAAUAUGGCCCUCAUACUCCUUCUUACAAAACAAUCAUUGGAUGAAUUGUGCUUGUAUGUAUCUACUAUUUUGUGUCUGUGCGAGGUCGCACAAUUAAAAAAUAAAUGCUGCGCUCCGCGGGUUUCCUUUAAGUCAGUCGUGACGCGAGCCUGAGGGCGGGGACAUUUGGCAACUCCACCAGGAAGUCCUCCGAAGGUCUCCAAAUGUCCGCGCCCUCAGGCUUACGUCACGACUGAUUAGAAAAAAAGCUGCGGAGCGCAGCAUGUAUUGUUUUAAUUGUGCGACCUUGCACAGACACAAAAUAGUAGAUACAUACAAGCCCAGAUCAUUCCCACAAAAUUAAUCCAAUGAUUGUUUUGUAUGAAGGAGUAUGAGGGCCCUAUUGAGAAGGAGGAUAGAAGAUACUUCAUCCUCUGGCACAUCAGCAUCACAUUGUCAUAAGUAUAAAGACUUUAAAAUAAGAAUAUAUGAGAAAUACGUCUUUUCCACGGGGAAAAAAACUGGUGUACUUGAAGGAAAUCGCUGCUUUUGUGGAGGCAGAAAUGAAUAUGCUGAGGAUAUAUCUGUCAAUGCAGCCGUUAAUAUCCGUGAAUGACAUUGAGCUUUAAUUUAUGAUAUGAAUCCAUAUGCCAUAAUAAGGUGUUGGUGUCUCUGCAGGUGUAGGCUACGGCCGGUGUCAGAGACGUGGUGCUCGUCGGAGCUCGACUCCCUCUGGAUCACAAAUGUUGAUCAUCAUCAGUUUGAUUGUUUCUUCAGAAACCACAAAAUCUCUCUGAAUGACCCGCUGAUACAUCCACAGAUAACCCUGCAGAUGACCAGCUUCAGUCAUUUCCCCCUCCACAAAAGCAGCUUUAUGACUUUAUUUACUUUAUGACUUUAUUCUCCUAAAUUUACAACUUUAAUCUCUAAAUCUUAAAAGAAAAAAACCUCAAUGUUGUCCUGAUACUCUGCUGUAGUUUUGUCAGCUUUCUUAUUUCUAAUGUUUUUGAUUGUUGAAGCAGAGCGGAUCAGUUCGUCUCUAAAUCUAUAAUGUUUGGUUAACAGAUUUUAGUGAGUUCAGAGAUCAUGCUCUCAUACAGCCUGAGCUGACUGUCUGCUGUUUUUGGAUUGCUUGUAAUUUCUUUGAAGACGCGCUGCGUCUCCAAGCGAGUCCAGCCUCUCACCUGAAAUGCGCAGCUGUGCAGCGGCACGCAAAGGAUUCUGGGAUACCGACGGCACGAAAGCGUGGAUAAAUGCACGCUUGAAAACAUGCUAAGCGCGCUUAGCAUUUUUUAGCAUCUCGUGCCAAACGGGACACCGUUCGCACCGUCGUGACGUCAUGCACACUUCAAAUGCACCGUUCGACGGUGCAGAAGGGCACUUAGGUCUCUGCGGUCUCUGAAAUGAGACACAGCCUUUAAAGAGUAUUCUGUGAAAAACAUACCUGUAGUUUACAGGAAGAUAGAUUCUAGAGUUCGAGUUUGAUUCCAGCUGAUAGAGGACAGUUUGAUCUGAAGUCUUUAUUGGUGAUUGUCAUCUGGAGGACCUUCGAUGUCCACCAAGAAUUCACAGUCCACUUUUUUUAGAAACUAUUGGAGAUACAUGGUUGAAUAAAAGAAAAUGUAGUAAGGGGAUACUUGUAGGAUUUUCAGCCCAAUCGCUCUCAGAAUAAGGAAGAUAUGAGUCUUUAAUAUGUUCAGAGAAGAUUUGGAGAUUUCAAAAUUUACAGAUAUUUUCUCAAAAACCGAAAGGACCUAAAGACCCUGAAGGGAGACCAAAAAUUUGAGGUUAAUUCAUAGAAGACAUAGACAUAGAAGGAUCCUGGAGGCCUUCUAGCUUUUAUGGAUCUAUAGAAAAUGGUAACCGACCAUCACCUAAUCAAAGAGGACUGUCUCAAAAACUGACAGAGCUAGGAUGCUAACAUUGCUAACACAUGUAGUAGAGUACUGACUGCUCAUGUUCUGCUGAUUUCAACCCUCCAGCUCCCUCAGUUUUAAUAAAAACGGACUUUGAAUUUUGACCGAGCCGAUGUGGUUCAACUUUACGCAGACGAGACUCUUCUUAACAUUUCUGAUUAAAAAAAAGACUUUCUCUUUCUCCUCUGACAGGAAGUUUCUGCUGAUCUUCUGAUGUUUUUCUUCCAGGUGAUUCUGACCUGGUCAUACCACCACACCCUAUCAAUGCAACCGUUGGUGAAGACAUCGUAAUCCCAUGUCAUCUGGACCCCGUUGUGGACGCCACUGACCUAACUAUCAUUUGGUGGAAGUUCGACAGGGAUCCCAAAUUUGUGUUUGUUUGGAAAGACGGCGAGGAGAUGAAGUCCAAACCACAUGCGUUAUUUACCGGGAGAACAUCGGUGUCCAGCAGUAACCUGAAACAUGGAGACGUGUCUUUGAAACUCCAGAGCGUGAAACGGUCCGAUCAGGGAAAAUACGCCUGCCACAUCGAAACCCUGAUGAGGGAAGCUUUUAUCGACCUGGUGGUGGUUCAGUGA